UCAGGAGAAAGCAGGCGGGCAGGAGCCUCCCCGCUGCCGCUCCCACCUCCGCCCCACGUCCGCCGGGCAGCGGCCCGCCUCCCUGCCGCCCUCCGUCCUGCCCGACCGCUGCCCGUGGACACCGGUGCUGCCCGCGGAGCUCGCCGCCCUCUCACCGCUCGGGGGGCACGCACGAUCCGGGGGCGGGAGUUGAGUCCGGCCCGGCCCACCCCGCCGCCAGGUGCCGUACCGCGGCCCGGGCAGUGCCCUCGCGGCUCUGGGGCGGCUCGGCCCGGGCAGACUUCCAACGCCGCGAUGAGCAAGAUCUCCAGGUUCUUCAAGGGGGGCGGCUCCGCCGCCUCCAAGGGCCGUGGGGGGCCCUCGCCGCAGGAGGCCCUGGCCCGGCUGCGGGAGACGGAGGAGAUGCUCAGCAAGAAGCAGGAGUACCUGGAGACCAGGAUUGAGCGGGAGCUGGCGCUGGCCCGGCAGCACGGCACCAAGAACAGGCGAGCUGCCUUACAAGCACUGAAGAGAAAAAAGAGAUAUGAGAAGCAAUUGAGUCAAAUUGAUGGGACGCUCUCAACCAUUGAAUUCCAGAGAGAGGCACUGGAAAAUUCACACACCAACACGGAAGUGCUCAAGAAUAUGGGUUAUGCUGCACAAGCUAUGAAAAAAGUGCAUGAAAAUAUGGACUUGAACAAAAUUGAUGACUUGAUGCAAGAUAUCACUGAACAGCAAGAUGUCGCUCAGGAAAUUUCAGAAGCUAUCUCAAGUAGAGCUGCAUUUGGUGAUGAGUUUGAUGAGGAUGAGCUGAUGGCAGAAUUAGAAGAACUGGAGCAAGAAGAAAUGAACAAGAGAAUGCGAGAUGUCAGACUGCCAAGUGUUCCAUCCACAUCGUUACCUUCUCGCCCUGCUUCAGCCAGGAAGAGAGUGGAGGACGAAGACGAUAUGAAGCAUCUAGCAGCCUGGGCUUCCUAAGAGCACCGUCUGUUCACAACACAGAACAUUAGAGUACAGUCGUAAAGAGCUGUCACACCGUUAUAAACUUACCAAAUUAGCAUGGUUGUAUUUCAUACACUUUUUAAAAAUGGCAAAUCUUGCUAAGAAUAGAGUGAUUUCCGUAUCACAAAAAUGAGUUUUAAACCAAGCAAACAGAAAACAGUAAUUGCCAAAGCCUCCAAACUCAACAUUUAUUUCAGCCUAGGCCGGAGGUGUUUUGUUGUUAGCCUCAGUUUUUAUUAGGUUAUGUCCUGCUGCUCUGCGAGACCUCGCUGCCUCACCUGUGCACACAGCUGGACGCGUGAUUGCGAUGAAAAAGAUAAUUAAUGGAAGCCCCAUCCUAGAGGGUCGUGUGGUUCGGACUGUUAGCAGAGCAGCUUUAUACACAGGACCAGUGAGUUCCUUUGAGCCCGAGAGCCAGCGGCCGCUCAUUUGGGCAUGGAGACUUACCUGGAUGGCCUGGAGCACCCUGCGCUGUCCUAGAUAUCAAGAGGAGACUCUUCUGUAGAUCUUUUAAUAGUUUAUUAACUUGUUUGUUUUAACUGUGGCAAGUGACAGCAAGACUAUCCUGUGCACGUCCCCACGGUCAACUUGAAUCGUGUCUUAAACUAUUUCCAACUCACCUAAAUAGCAGCUCCCCUAUGACUGGGGAAAACAACAGCGUCCAAGAUUGUGUAGUUCCCUGCUAAACACUAAUGCUGGCAGAAAGCCGGGAGAGACUUAGCCCUCCUGACAUCCUUCCUUCCACCGUGGCUUUCCAGGAUGAGUCUUUACUUCGGUUGAAAAUACCCAUCCUCACAGGAAUUAAUAACACACUUUUUAAUUCUACGAUUUCGGAAUAAUAAUUUUUUACUUCCUGAAUGGAAGUAAGAUCAGUGUGUGGUAUUUGAAAUGCCUUUUUAACCCUGUUUAAAUGCUGAUUCUAAAAUGCUUGUAAAGUUGAUGUGUUACUGUCCAGCUGCCAGCUUUUUAGUGUAAGGAACAAAUGCCACUGGGUGCUAACCCACUACGUAUGGAGAGAAAUCACUGUUCAAAUACAAAACAAAUUAAAUAUGCUGGCUUGUACAAAGACAUUUUAUCUAAUAAGACUGGAGCUCCAUGGUGGCAGCUUGCUAUAAUUCACAAGGAAAUAGCAAGACGCUGUGGAGUUCCUCGGGAAGUGGAAGCACAGUCACAUUGAUCUUUGUUUCUUCUUUUCAAAUCGAUGUAAUUUUGUGAUGACUGAACCACCUGGGGAAUAGCGGGAGACUUGCUUUCUGUAGAUCUAUAGCAGCAGGAGACCCACCACGCACCCUGCGGGCUUCAGCCCGUGAUUUGCUGCGUGUUUAGCUUUAAUAGCCCGCAGUAGGCUCUGCACUGUGCUGUUUUAGGCUAAGCAUAAGCUAACGUGUUUCUGGAGAUGGCAUUCUGGUGUGCUCAGAACCCUUCAAAUGGAGUUCUUCGAAGGAAGCCCAGCAUUUACUAACACGUUGUAAAAUUUCAGUUUUUCAGAACAUCAUUCCCUGUAGCGGAAUCGCUUUUGGUUUGCAUCCAUAGGGAAGCAGAACUGACCUGUGGCUUCAGAUAAAUUGCUAACGGGGGAGAAAAAAGUUUGUAAUUCUGUUCCAGAACUUGGAGGUACCAGGAAAACGCUCUCUUUUCUGUUGGGAGUAGAGGAAAAACUGGAAAUAUUCCACUUUUGUUUUAAAGCAAACAAAAAUGAAAGCACUUCCUUAAGUUUAAAAGUACAUUUUGAACUCUCUGUAGGAAACCAAACCCUAACAAGAUGUCAUACAGUUUUAGCGCUUGCUGAAAUUCAGGAUCAGAUGCCAGCUGAAAACUUCCUUCGCAGGCAUACUUAAUACAAUAACAGCUAUUCUGAGUUAGCUGGCAUCCAUUUGCUAACUCUUUCUGCUGGGAUCCCAUUUUCAAGGUUGGUGCAGUCUCUGCAAGUCUCUGACUUGGGUACAGAAAGUGUUGGCGGAUGCUGAUGGCAGCACCCUGCAAGGCUGGCUGCCGUGUGCUCGUGGACACAUGGAAUUUCUGAAUGCAAGCCAUGCCAGCGCCGCCCUGUGCUUCACUUGGGGAAGCCGGUUCUAGCAUCUGCUCUUGGUCGAACUAGCAGUUCUCUAAUAUUUAGCAGUUCAGGAACGCUUAGUGGAUCUAAAGGGUUCUAUAGCCUAACCAAAGGAGGUGUCUGUGCUUCCAGGUUCAAAUUAUUUUUCAGUCUGCUCUGGACAGUGCAGACCUGCUGCGUUUACAAGGAAAGUUCUUGCACAAAGACCCCACAGGGGAGAAUAAAUCUGGGUUUGUAAGCUAGUGUGUGACUGCUGACCUCCAGCUGAGUUUGGGCCGUGCCUUGCCCCUGAGGAGCUUCAGCUUACAGAUUUCCGAGUAGGUGCUUGCAGAACAAAGUUUGUAGAGGAUGAGAAGUAGAAACCAUGGCCGUUGUGAGCUGCUGCAGGAGCUCGCACGUGAUUCUGGAGGGCAGUCUCCUGCCAGCUCAUGGGCUUGGACGUGGUGAAGCUGCACUCAGAAGUUCGAUAGUCACACGCACAAAUCAAAAUACGGUAUGGGCCCCCGAACUGUAGCGCUUGGGAGACAGCAGAGGACUGGUUUUCUUCAAAAGUAAAUGUGUUCUAGGGGUUUAAUUCAGCUGGGGGGGUGGCUCUUUCCUGUGUAAUUCAGAUGUGGCUGUGACAAAUGCCUCUCUCUUUUCUGAAGGAAAGAGGCCGAGAUGCUGUUUAUUUAGCACGUAAGCAGGCCAGAGUAAAUAGUGCCAACGUGUUACGGUAAAUGCACUCUCCAUUACCUUGAAGAUCUUUUACAGGAGGGCUGUGGAAGCAGGUGGUGUACCACAGCGGACUCCAUUUCCUGAUUCUCAGUUAUUUUAAGAAUGUUUUCUUUACAGGCCUGGACAUUUAAAACUGGGAUAGCUUUACAAAUAUAUUGAUUAAGAAAAAGAAGAGCUAAUAUAUACAUGUCUUGUAAAUAAACAUUUUGGUGCUA